ACUUGACUAACAACUGCUGCGGGCUCGGGAAGUGGCGGGAUUGACUUGUCUGCCCUUCGUGGUUUAUAUGACCGUUCGGUGCUCUGUCUCUAUUUAUCCUAUGUGAAAUAACGGUUCCAAAGAUACAAUCUACAAUCGGAUAGCCUAACGGUCUAGGACCAUGGGCGCCAAAAGAAACUUGAUUAUGUCAAUUUGUUUAGCACUCAAUGCAAGGGAUCUUCAAACGGUAGGCAUGAUUGUUUCGAAGUAGCAGCCAGAGGAGACGAUUAUAAUUUCUGUUCUUAUCGAGAUCGGGUGCAUCGAGAGACAGUGGAAUAUUUUAGCAGUUGGGGGGGACGAGGAGAAAGAGGAACGGCUUUCCCAGACUGGACUCACAAGGGGCUUCUAAAUGCGUCUUCUUGUCGACCCACCGAGAACAAUGAAUAGUGGUUCUAGCAACUUUCUGCUAGUUCCAAUACCGGAGUAUCCCGUUCUAGACUGCGUGCCCAACAAAAACGUCAAGAUUGUGGUUUUGGGAGCGAGCAACGUCGGGAAAACAGCUUUGAUAGUCAGGUUCCUGACCAAGAGGUUUAUUGGGGACUAUGAGGCAAACACAGGGGCCCUUUACUCCAGAAAGAUCAAUCUAGAUGGAGAACAGGUCUCACUGCAGGUUCAGGACACACCCUGUGUCUCUCUACAGGACGAUGCAGAGGGGCUAUAUUGUCAGGAGCAGAUCAACAGGUCUAUCUACUGGGCUGAUGGAUACGUCCUGGUGUUCUCCAUCACCGACCACAGCAGUUAUAGAACCAUACAGCCUCUCUACCAGCACGUCAGACGCAUCCACCCUGCAGGGAACAUACCUGUUAUACUGGUAGGCAACAAGAGCGACCUCCUCCGUGCCCGCCAGGUGCCGGCUGACGAGGGCGAGACGUUAGCAGCCUCUCUGGGUGGGCCAUACUUUGAGGCGUCUGCCAGGGAGAACCACGAUGGGGUCCACGCCGCCUUCCUGCACCUCUGUGGCGAGGUGAGCCGGGCGCUGGGCGGGGUUAACGGGGAGAAAAGGAGAGGGGGACUGCACCUGGCCCGGCCCAAGUCCCCCAACAUGCAGGAGCUGAAGAGGAGAUUUCGACAGGUGCUGUCCUCUAAGGGAAAGUCUUCCACUAACACCUUGUGAUGACGAUGGGAUUUAA